AAAAAACGAAAAAAAGAAAAAAAAAAAAGGUCGUGUGUAUGGUCAGUUGACUGAAAGAGGGGAGAAGGUUGGAAGAAUGGUCCAUGAACCAUGAAACUCUUCCGCCGUCGGUUUUCGAAGUUCUUCCUCCUGUUUUGUGCUCUGGUUGUUGCAAGGUCAGUUAGAGAGGAGGACAAGGUUGGAGGUAUGGUCUGCAGAUUCUGUAUUACAAAGUGUAGGAAUUCGUAAAUAGAAAUCGUUCAGAGGGGAAAGCGGCGGCCAGUGUCAGUGCUGCAAAAAUGAUCUCAGAGGAGAAGAGGGAACAGGAGAAUAGUAAGAGCAGCAGUUCAUGGCCGCAAAACACACCCUACGUAGAAAGGGAAGGGCAGGGGAAGAAAGUGUGGGGAAUUCUCUUGUUCGGCUUGAUUGGCGCCACGGUCACCACAUUUGCUGUUGCACAACUGCGGAGGACGGUUGACUUUUUCUACACUGAGCUGACCAGGUCGAAGGGUUCAACUGGUGGUUCAUUUCGUUCGAGUUUCAAGGGGGAAGCAUGGAAACGAUAUAAUCGUCGAUUGCAGGAGGACUAUGAAGAGGAAAUGGAGAGAGUGGAGCGGAUAAGGCGUAUGCAAAGUGUGUUCAACAGAGAACGAAAUAAAUAUAAGAGGAGCUAUGAGAGAUGGAGGGAAAAUGACCCUGGAGCCUAUCAUCAGCAUUUUCAGCGAGAUGAUUGGUAUUGGACAAAUGAUACAUCCUACAAAGAACAAAGAGCUAAUUCCAGAGCAACCCCCCGAGAGAGUGGAAAUUAUUCAUUAUCACAUCACUACUCAGUUUUGGGCCUUGACAGAGAACAAAAUCUUACACGGACACAGAGAUUAAGACAGCUUUCAGAGCAAAGGCGAUGGAGCACCACCCAGAUCAAAACCGGGAUAACAAAGAGGCUGCUGAAGCGAAGUUCAAAGAGGUGCUUAUGUCCUAUGAAGCCAUCAAAUCGGAGAGAAAGAAUGAGAAGCUCUAACAGGCAAGGAGUGGUAGAGAUUUCAUAUAUUCAUGAAACGACCCUUGAGAAGGGACUAAGAAUUUGUUAUAUUCCCACAUUCCCAUUCCUUGAUGGCGAUGAAGUUUUUCGAAGUCGGCUUUCCAUGUUCUUGGUGAUUUUGGGAUAAGAUCAGCGAGCUGCUGUCAAGGGGUGAAUGUGGUUUAAACAUAUAUGGAGGUGUACCAAUACAAACCGUCCCGCAUUUGACAAAGACGGGCACCAAAUGUUUGAAAAGCUACGAUAUGUUACAAAGAAUUUAUUCGAAUACACGGUAGAAUAACAAA